GGUCCGCCCCCUGGUGGGCUCGGAACGGUCUCCGCUGUUUUAUGCGCUUAUGUUAGAAAUAUUUGACCAAAAAAACUGGUGGAAAAUGUAGGAAAACUAUUAAUAUCGCAGUCGCCAGAGCAGUAUAUCUGCAUUUGUUUCUGUUUCAUAAAAAAUGUGUAUUUAUAAACCGUUGUAAAGUGCUCAAAGAGGUUACCUCGACGGACGCUGUAAGCUAGCUUUCACAGUCAGUGGAACCGUCUGCUCCCUGGAUUCCAUCAGUAGCACAUCUCGGUGGUCUGAGUUUGAUAUUUCGAUUCUGGCAGCUUUGGUGGGUUUUAUCCCUCCCUGGUACUGAUCUAGUCGACUCCCCCUCGGAGCAGUGCGAGGACUUGGAGCAUCAACAUCCAGCUUCGCCUGGAGAUUGACAGGGGCGUCCAAAUAAUGCCAGGACCAUGUUCAAGAAUGUUUUUGGUUCCGGGUUUUUGGUGAGAACAGCUCAUGUCAUCCUAACAUGGGUUGUAACGCUCAUACUUUUUCUUUAUAACACAGAUCUGAGGAAACAGGAAGAAACGGGUCAGCUCAUCCAGCCCGUGGUCUUUGUGUUCCUGGUGCUGGUUUCCGUUCUUCUGUAUUUUGCUGUUUCUCUCAUGGAUCCUGGCUUUAUCCUAUCAGAUGACAGCAACUUGCAGUUCACACUGGGGGUAACGGAAGAGCAGCAGGACAUGAUCCCACCGAGCACCAAAUCGCUGCGACAGCGCCGCUGUGGCCACUGCCUGCUGCAGCAACCAAUGAGGUCCAAGCACUGUCAGGCGUGUCAGCACUGCGUGCGGCGCUACGACCAUCACUGCCCCUGGAUUGAGAACUGUGUGGGAGAGCGGAACCAUCGCUGGUUCGUCCUCUACCUGGCCGUCCAGCUGCUGGUGCUGCUGUGGGGGAUGCACAUCGCCUGGACAGGCUUAAGUCACGCUCACAGCUGGCACCUGUGGCUGCGCACCAACGGCGUGCUGCUGGCCGUCGCCGUGCUCCUGGCCCUGCUCUCGCUCAUCGUCCUGCUUCUGCUCUGCUCGCACUUAUAUCUGAUAUCUCUCAACAUAACCACGUGGGAGUUCAUGUCCCGCCACCGCAUAUCCUACCUCAAACACUGCGGCGCGGAUGAAAACCCCUUCGACCGGGGAACCCUCCAGAACCUGUGGAGCUUCUUCUGUCUGUGGGGCACAGUGGUGUGGGAGCAGGUGUACUUCAGGGAGGACAGCGAUCAGGUGUAAGAACGCCGCCACAGCUUAGAUCCCAGUGUGCGGUUUACUCUCAGAUAAGCACAGGAUUCUAGGAUGACAAACUCUCUGCUCCAACUUCAUUCAGGAGAUUCUUGAGCGAACUUUUAGAUUCUGGUUUUAACUCGACAGUGUGAACUCUCAAAGCAUGUCAAAAACCUGUUUCAGAUUCAUGUGAAAACAAUCCAAUCUAUGACUGGGCAGCAAAGCUACUAUAAACGUUCAUAUCAUGUGACGUAUUUAACGUAACCCGCAAGUGCUUUUGUGCGAUUUUUAAACUUUAACAAGUCAAACCGUUUUAUUCCCUGAACUUUUUUCCCCAAUUCCAAUUUACAGGAUGUUUACGGAAACAUUUUUAUACAAUUGUAAUAUUUUCUGUGAACAAUUUUUAGACAAAUGAAGCUUAGAACAAAGACUGCAAUACCCCAGACGUGUUUCUCCCCGUGCAAUAGGUCCUGUAAAAAAGCAAUAAACGUGUUUGAUUAACCAGCCGUCGUAACACAAACACAGACUCUGUCCAGAGUUAAGCUAACUUUCAGUUCAUGUUGUGUACUCCUGGAUUUUAUGCAAUGUUUUCUAUUUAUUUGUUUAUAUAAAGUUGUGCGUAACAAUAAACAAUUUGAGUUUCA